AUGCAGCCCAAGAAGAUAAAUAUCGAGAGCGACGGCUCCGGAACCGUCACCCUCGUCCCUGAAGAGCCUGAAGACAUGGCAAGUGACGUCUCUCCCAGUUACAAUCGCCCACGAGUUAACAAUGCUCCCAAUAGUGGCAUGCCUACAACCUCAUCGCUCCCUCCGACUUUCUUACCGCAGAUGCUAUUCGCCGAAUCGCCACCGAGUCCUCAACAGGCUGGACAACUGCAUAUCAGCGGGCGUGUGUCAAACGAGAACGAAUAUGUCAAGAUGGGCGCAUACCAUACCCUUGAUCUCGAAUUACAGCGGCGAUUCACUUUAGAAAAGGGCGAUGGUUGGGACUCUGUGGCGAAGGAAAUCUUAGCUGAGGCUAUCAAAGAUGAUAAGGAAGGGGUCGUACCAGCGGUCGUUAUGCAAGAAGGCAUGGCGAACAUAUGUCUUAUUACCGAGCACCAAACAAUCUUGAAACAACGAGUGGAGACUAGGAUACCGAAGAAACGAUCCGGCGGCGCGAGCAAUCACGACGAAGCGCUGAAGAAAUUCUACGAAGCAACUUUGAGAGCUCUAAGCAGCCAUGUAGACAUCACCCAACCACGGCCGAUUUUGCUGGCAAGUCCUGGGUUCACGGCAGCCGGCUUUACCAAGCACAUCGUCGAUGAAGCAACACGGAAGGGAGAAAAGGCAGUUCUGGCGAACAAGAAAAACUUCGUUGUCAUCCAUUCCAGUUCGGGGCAUCUUCACAGUUUGAACGAAGUGCUGAAAAGUCCAGAAGUUCUGGCAAAGCUGAAGAACACUAAAUACGCGAGAGAAACUCGACUUAUGGAUGACUUCAUGACUAUGCUCCGGAGGGACGAUGGUCGAGCAUGGUAUGGGCCUACCGAAGUCGAGCAGGCCGUGGAGAAAGGUGCUGUCGGAGCUGGCGGUGGAGUCCUGCUAAUAAACAAUUCUCUGUUCCGAAGUCAAGAGAUCGCAACUCGAAAACGGUGGGUGACUUUGGUUGACAAGGUCAAGGAAACAGGAGGGGAUGCCCGGGUUCUCAGCAGUGAUCACGAGAGUGAGGAUCUGGACGAUGAAGAUGACGAAGGAAUAGUAUGA